AUGAAAACUUGCUCGCUUUUCAAGACAGCAGCCGCCGCAUCAGCCGUUACUGUGAUGGCUGGUUCUGGGGCUAUGCUGGCCAACUCCUUUAAAUCAAGAAGAGAGAUGCAAGAGUACCUUUGGGGUCUUGUUGCCGAUGCUCGGAGAUACUGUUCGACCGAUAUGACUAUGGUCAUAACCGAAGUUUGCGGAGACCAACCGAACAAGGUUUUCCAAGAUGCAAAAGUGUACAUAUCCAAGCACGUAUCCACCAGAAUGUCUUCUUCAAUCCGUGUCUUCAAGCAUGAGAAGGAUGUCAACUUAACAUUCACCGUGGAAGAGGAGGACAAUGUAUUCACCCACACUUUCCAGGGAGUCGAGCUCCGUUGGAUCCUCCGCUGCCACCAAAUCGACGGUACAAAGUUCCGUUAUUACGAGCUCACCUUCCCCAAGAAAGCCAAGGAAAUGGUCAUCCGCUCUUACUUGCCUUUUGUCUCCCGUGAAGCUGCAAGGCAAAGGGUGAAGACACGUAAGCUCUUCUAUAUCGAUGAAGCAGAGAAAUGGACGUCUGUGACUUUCAACCAUCCCUCGACUUGGAUCGAUUUGUGGAGAAAGGUACCACGUAUAAUAGAGGAUAUCUGUUGUGUGGUCCUACUGGGACAGGAAAGUCAAGUCUGGUCGCUGCCAUGGCAAACUAUCUCAAGGCUGAUGUGUAUGACCUAGACUUGAGUCAAGUUAGCAGCAGUUCUCAACUUCAGACGUUGCUCAUGGAAACAACCAACACUUCCAUCAUACUUGUGGAGGAUAUAGAUUGUUUGCCAGAGUUCAAGAAAAGGAGUUUUAAGAAAGUUGA